ACUGCGCAUUUCAAGGUUCUUAUGAGUCAUGACAACACCGAUACUGUAUAGAAGAUGUGUUAAUUGCAAGGAAAAUAUAAUAGAAUUGAAUUUCGAUAUACACGAGGCAUUUUGCUGUCGAAAUGUGGCAAUAUGCCCAGAAUGUGGUGUCAGCCUUCUGAAAACAAAGUUAUUGGAGCAUCAACUGGAUAAGCAUAGUCAAAUUAAGUGUACAUAUUGUGACUCUUUAUUUCAAGAGUCUAGUGUUUUAGAACAUGAAUUCAUAUGCCCAAGACGACUGGUGGAAUGCACUUUUUGUAACUUGGGCGUGACCAUAGACCUAUUAGAAGAUCACGAGUACAAAUGUGGUGCUAGGACAGAACGUUGCUCAGAUUGUGGGAACUUUGUGAUGCUUAAAAGCCGUCAAACUCAUCGGUGUAAGAAACCCAUAGAGUGUCGUACAAACUUACAAAAUGAUCUCGAUAAAGACUUCUGUGUGGCGUUGAAUUUGCAAUAUGAAGAUUACAUUCAAAAUGUUUAUUCUGCAACACUCCAAAAACAUAUAGGAAGUCAGACUGACACCUCACAUCACAAAACAACUGUUGAGAGAUCGUCAAAUGAAAAUGUCGUGGAUGAAUGGGAGUCGAAUUCGGUGAUACCAUGUGAAUUUUGUCAUUCCUGUUAUUCAUUAGAUAUGAUUCAUGAACAUCAAGUUUUGUGUUUACUUGAAAAUGAUUCAUUGAUGUUGGCAACAGAAGAACAGACGAAUAAACCCAACGAUGUAUGUAAUCAAGUAACUAUAAAUACAGAAAGAACACCGAACUCUUGUAACACUUCACAAGCAGCCGGAUCCUGUACUAACCCAUCAAUGAUCAAUUCUAUAAAAGUACAAUCUAAAAAGUUUUCUUCCACAUCCCAACAAUUAAAAUCAACCAAUAGAAAAUCUGUUCAAUGUUCUACAUCAUCAUCAACAUCAUCGUCAUCAUCAUUGACAUUACCACAAAACAAUACAAAACAUAUUAAAACUUCAAUGAAUCCAUUUUCUUCUUCAAAAAUAAAUAACAAACCUAUUUCAAUGAAUAAGAAUCAAGAUCCUUUGAAAUUAGUAAAUAAUCUAUCUAAAAAUUGUUUGAUCACUAAAACUGUAAAUCAUUCACUGAAUUCAAAUUCAUCAUUAAAUUUACAAAAGAUAAAUAAAGAUAAUACAAUAAAGUCUAAAGGUUUUUCUAAGUAGGAUUGAAUCAGUCAAAGAAAAUGAUGAUGGAAUAAAUUGUCAAUGGAUUUUAGAAAUUAAUUUUGUUCAUUCAUUCAUUUAAAUGAUCAUUCUAUUUACUUCAAACAAAUCCAAUAUAUUUUUCCUUCUAGUACAUCAGAUUUCCUUGAUAUUAUAAUAAUUUCAAAUAGUUGAAAUCAUGAGUCAGUUGAAGCUAGAUGAAUGUGGAAACAUCUGGAAGCAUUGGAUAGUGAGAGACUAAUAGGUCAUAGUGUAGUGAACAAAAACACGGGUGGAGACAAUCGAAUGUAUUUAACACAAAAUUACAGAGCAUCUCAAUAAAAUCUGUGAACCAUAUAUAUUAAAUCGUUAAUUUGCAAUAUGUCCACCAAUUGUUUCAAAAUGCUUCAGACUUCAUUGUCCCUGCAUUUUCAUACAAAUUACAUUCUAUUCAAGCUCUUGCUUUCUUGAUCUUCUCCCAUCUUCUGCUGCCAGACAUUACAUUUCUGACUCGCGUCACAUACUACUUAUAUCAAUAUAAGUAGCACGCAUCACAAUAGGUUCGAAUCUUGCAAUUCGAAAUUGUGGAUGUGCACUACUGAGUAGUAGUCCCACAAUAGGACGAAAUGAUCGUCCAGUGCUUCCACAUUUUUCAUAUUAGUCUAGCUUCAAUUGACUCAUGAUUUCAAUUAUUGAAAUUACAAUAAGAUUUUUUGAUUGAAAUAAAUUCACUGUCCUAUUUCAAAGCUUUCUGUUAGGUCCAGAUAAACAUAAUGAAUGGUAGCUUUUGGCAUCUAUUGGUGGAUUAAUACUAUGAGUAUAUUCUUAUCAUAUGAUUGUCAUGUGACUAAACCGUUCAUAUUCAUGUUCCUCUUAUUAUGAGCUUUAUUUUGACCUAUUAACCAUUAUUAUACGUUUGUCUACUAGUUACUGCCUCCCGCAUUCACAGCCACAUUUGGCCAAAUUUUGUACAAAUGUUAUUUCCUAUUUUAUGGUACGUUGUUAUCGGUUUGAUUGGUAUAUAAACUCAAUGUGUUUGAAAUAUGAUGAUUCAUAUCGCAGAGGCUCGG